AUGUCUGCGAACGAGAAAGAGAUGAUCGAGAAGGGCGCCCAAACUACUCUUCAUGAGGAGGAUGUUCUCGAGAAGGAGAUCACAGCUCUCAACACGAUCGAAGAUACACAAACCUCCAGAGUCGUAUGGUUGAUCGCAGUUUGUGUCUCUGUUGGCGGCUUCCUAUUCGGAUAUGACACCGGGUAUAUCUCCAGUGUCCUUGUCACAAUUGGAGAUGACUUGGGGCACAAUUUAUCGUCAAGCGAGCAGGAACUCAUCACAUCGAUCACUAGUGGAGGGGCUCUUAUUGGCGCAAUAUUUGCUGGCUUGACGGCUGACCGCUAUGGCCGCAAGAUUUCAAUAUAUUGUGGUUGUGGAGUCUUUGUCGUCGGCGCUAUUCUUCAAGCCGCAGCUUUUACCAUCGCUCAAAUGACUGUGGGAAGGGCCGUUGUUGGGCUAGGUGUCGGAAGCGCCGCAAUGGUUGUACCUCUCUAUAUAUCUGAGAUUGCCCCUGCCAAGUAUCGCGGUCGCAUGAUCACUAUGCAAACCUGCAACAUCACAGGAGGCCAGUUCAUUGCGUACUGUAUCGGAGCUGGGUUCGCCGAGGUCAAGUCUGGCGGCUGGCGAUAUGUUGUCGCUAUCGGGGCGAUUCCCGCCAUUGCGCUCGCUUUGUUCCUUCCUUGGUGCCCGGAAAGCACUCGGCAGCUGGUAGCGCACGGGAAGCUUGAGCAAGCUGAGACAGUGCUGGCGAGAUUGUAUCCUCAUUCUUCCUCAGAACAGCGUCAGGACAAGAUUCGAGCUAUCCAGCAAGAUCUGGAGCAAGCCACUGAGCUGAUGGCCCACAAGUCACUCUGGUGGUCGUACAAACAACUGCACGUCGUGCCCGCCAACUUCCGUGCCAUGCUUACCGCGUGCUGCGUGAUGGGAGUGAGCCAACUAUGCGGGUUCAACACAUUGAUGUACUACAGCGGCACUCUAUUCGCUCUUGUCGGCUUCAACAAGCCUGUCGCCGUGUCCAUUGUGGUCGGGGCAUGCAAUUUUCUGGGAUGCUGUAUCAACCUCGUGAUCGUCGACCGCUUUGGCCGUCGGAGGAUCCUCAUCUUCACCGUGCUCGGCAUGUCUCUCGCUCUGGUGCUCGCAGCCGUUGCCUUCCACUACAUUCCGAUCAACUCCAAGGAUCUCACCCUUGAGACCAACAGCGUAAAUUGGGCUGGUAUCUUGGUACUCGUCACAAUCAUCUUUUAUGUGGGCUUCUUCGGCACUGGCGUUGCUCCUGUUUCCUGGAUGGGAGCAGAGCGUCUUCCGCUUGAGGUACGUGCCAUGGGUACCAUGGUCAUGACUGUCACCUGCUGGGGAACGAAUAUUAUCAUUGCUUCGACCUUCCUAUCGAUGAUGAAAGGAUUGACCCCGAGCGGAGCGUUCGGCUUCUAUGCAGCCAUCUGCUUUCUAGGGUUCCUGUUCUCGAUCUUCUGCUUCGCGGAAACCAAAGGCAUGUCUCUAGAGGAGAUUCGAGAGGUUUUCAACCACGGUUUUGGCGUUGGGUAUGCGCGGAAGUGGCAGAAGCAGCAUGAGCUGGACCUCAAGAGAGCCGUUUCGUCCGCCUAG